UUUGCUGAUAUAGGAAAUAUUGUGAAAGGAGAUGAUUUGUUAGAAGAUCUUCGUACACAAAAUGUUAAAAAAAUAUUCCAGAAGAUAUGGAAAAAUGAAAAUAACCAAAAUAACAAGUAUGGCCUUUAUUAUGAGGUAAAAGAUGACGAAAUAAAAAAAAAAGGUCAAGAGUGGUGGAAUAAAAAUAAAACUAAAGUAUGGCAUGUUAUGUUAUGUGGGUACAAAAAGCCUGGACAUUCAAUUACAAAAGAAGAUUGUAACUUACCUGAUGAUACUACGCCUCAAUUUCUUCGCUGGUUUACUGAAUGGUCUCAAAAUUUCUGUACUAGACGAGAAGAA